AUGUCUCGCCCGGGUCCUUCAGCAGCGAGGAACCUCUCGUUGACGGAGGAACUCGAGAAACUCGAGCAGUCCAUUACUCUGACAUUACAAGAAAUCGACCAUAACUUCAGCAAAGCACAUCGAAUUGUGACGGGCAGCAUCCUGCCCCUCGUCGAGCAAUAUGGCGAGCACUCGCGAUCUGUCUGGGACGCGUCCAAGUUCUGGAAGCAAUUCUUUGAGGCCUCGGCCAACGUCUCCCUCUCCGGAUAUGAGGAGCUGGCCAACGGCGAGGACUCGAAGGCCCUGACGGCCGAGGAUGAAGAGACGACAAUGCACGACGAGACCACGUCUGACUACACGCCUCGGCCCCGCAGUGCUGGUCGUGCCGACGAAAAAAUGGUCACAGACGACCAAUCUUCCAUCUUCCAGGAGCGCGGCAACCACCACCACAAUACUGGCAGCGUGGAAGACUCGGUACUAACAGAUGGCGAUGGAGACCUCACGGGUAGCACGCCACGCCCACCGGCAACUAAGACAUUAUCAGGGCGACCGCAGUUUGCCGGACUCGACUCACCCUACGAGACCAUGAAGCGCGAGUACAAGAGCGGCGCUCGUGGCGGUGGCGGUGGUGGUGCCGGUGCCGGUGCAACAGGUCGUGCGACAUCUGGGAAUACAGACGAUGAGACAGAUACCGAGUUGCUUUUCCAGCAGCAUACUGCCCGCCUUCCAGACAUGUCCAUGACGCCGAGAUCAUCGCUUGCCGGGGGGGCAGGGGAGGACGACAAUGACACACAGUUUGGGCAGCGGAAGACCCACGACCCGCUGCUUCACCGGAUGCUGGACAAAAAUUACCGCAUCAUGGCCACGCCACUAAAGGGCGCCACCGGCGUGUCACCUAUUAAGUGGAAGGUGACGGAGAAGACGCAGCAGGAUGGGGGCAAAGGGAAGGAAAAGCUCUCUGCGUGGCAGGAGUCUCCCAUGUCGAGCCCGGAGAUGGCAGUGCCACAGCUCCGCAGUGCGGCAUUCAUGUCGCCUGUGCGCGCAGCGUACCGGGGCCGAGUUGGGGGGGCCACGGCGGGAAUUCCGAAUAGCCGCGGGGCGCCCAGGACGCCUGGCAUCAGUGUGCAGACCCCCGCCACUGGGAAGAAGGUGAAGGAUGUCUAUGGACACAAGCAGGAAAGCGGAGGGAAGAAAUACGACGACGAGAUCCACUGGGACAGCGACAGUGAGGACGACGAUGCAUUUGGCGGCAUGAGCCCGCCCAAAACAAUCCAGUUUGCGCUGCCCCCGUCCAAGCUGCUUCAAACACCAGCGCGUGAAGCUAGUAGGCGGAUCGUGGACAACAUCCUGCGGACGGCUGGUGCCGAGAUAGACGGCUCUUCCGAGUACAGCCCAACCAUGGUCAAGAUGAACCCGGAUAUCUUGGACGACACAUUUUAA